UGACUUCCAUUUCCUUCCGGUUGGGUAUUGGUGAUACGAAGUGCGUUUGGUUCUGAUUUAACGAUUUGUUAAGUGGAAAUUGUCACGGAAGUUGAAGGUUGGCUAAUUAUUAGGGCAUCUCAGAGUGGCAGAAGUGAUUGAAUAAAGUGCUGCAGACAGUAUUGUUGGAUUGUGUUCUGUGCAUUUGAGAACUAAUUGGUGCACUCAUGCCCUCUCGUUCACCGUCACGGCAGCCCAGUGCAAGCACAUCACGUGCUUCACGCCGCUCACCUAGCUCUUUUCGAAGUCGAGGUACAGGUCGCUCAUCUCCAUCCGAAAAACGACGGCGUGUUGAGCCACAGCCAGGAAGCUCCCGUCAUGGGGUAUCUCCACCCACAUCUCGUUCCCGGGAACGUAGGGAGUUCAGACCAUCUCCUGAGCUUGGGCACAGUAGCGAAGUCCCAGAGUUUCCCAUGAGACAUCGGAGUCGCUCUCCACCAAUGCGUGGAUCCAAAGUGCGUUCAUUCUCUCCAGUGCCACCAUCAAAGAGAAAAAUGUCUCCUUCAUCCAAGAGGGAGCGUGUACCUCGAGAUGUAGACAGAGAGCGUUCUGGUCGUAUGCCCUCAAGGAAACGUACUAGGUCAAAGAGUCCUACAGCAGCUAGCGGUUCCCACACAAGUGCAACACGCAUGGUGUCUCCUGCAUAUGCUGAAGAAGUAUCUCCACCACAGUAUGCUGGUCCUUCAGACCCGUACGGUGUUGCAGCUGGUGUAGAUGUGGAACAUGUGACUAGAAAUGUUGGUGAAAGAUUUAGGGGUUCCAGUUCGGGCAAGUAUGAAGAGACUUUUGAAAGACCCGUUUUCCGUGGUCCUGAUGGCUCUGCUGGUUAUGAUAUCAAUGAAUUGAAGAAAGUUGUAAUCAAUAUAAGCCGAGAACUGCCAGUAAACAGGGCACCAGCAGAGCGUGUUGUUAUCAAUCCAGAAGAUGUGGUGUUGGUUCGGCGGCCGGACAUAACCGACUCGUACAGAAACGAUAGAGACCUGAUGCCCCCGCCGCAGGAACAGCACUACCACAGAGGAGAACCAUCGCCAUCCCGAAGAAAUCAGCAGGCGAUGGAGUGGGCUUCUGAAGGAAAUAUGUUCAGCACAAGGAAUGAAAGUGAGGGUUCUCGCCCAAUUUUUGCACGCGAGGAAAUUAUGCAGGCGAGCACAGAACGUGCCAUCAUUCCACCAGUCGAUGAUCACCGUCGAAUUGUGGCAAUUCGUGAUGUGGAUCCACCUCGUAUGUCAGGUUCCCAUUCUCGCUAUGAGCCACCUUCGCCACCUCCACCACCACGUUACUCAGAAGGCCGAUCACGUGACGCAUACUAUGUACCAGAACAUCGUGAGUCUGCAACACCGUUGACAUCACAUCGUGAUUAUGGUCGUACUCAUCGUGACUAUGAUCGUCCUUCUACAUCUGGGUAUGAAAGGGACAGGAGAGAUGAUCGCUAUGAGAGACGCGGCGGUGAUGACUUACGUCACGAGUUAGAUCUCCGCCGACGUGACGACCGCUAUCCCAGUCAUGGGGAGGUAGUGCGCACAUACGAACGUGGACGAGACUAUCGUGGAGAUUCCAGCAGUAGGGACCAUGACCGUGGGGAGCUAAGUCACUCACGUCACCAUCGCCGUGGAAGCAGAGAUCGCAGUGAUGAACGUAUGGAUCGUAUGGAACGUAUGGAACGCAUGGAACGUAUGGAACGUCGGCCGAUGAUGCCUCAGCCUUCUCCACCUGGUAGCAGUGAGCGACGAAGAGGAACAAUGAUUGAAGAUUAUGAUCGUGGUAGACGUGGAGAGAUGCGCCGAAGCCCUAGUCCAUUGCCUCCACCACCUCAUGGAAGUCGCCAUGAGCACCAUUUACCUCCACCGGAGCGUUUUCAUGCUGAACAUCCCCCACCACCAGAACGCUUUCACCCUAUGAAGCCAUGGGAAAUUGAUCCAGAGUAUGUUCCUAAAGGCCGCUCUUACUUUGAACAUGAUAAUCGUGAUGAAAUGAUGCGUCCUCCACAUCGUGGCCGUGGAAUGCCAAAUAUGCGUGGUGGGCCAAUGCGUGGCAGAGGUAUGAUGCGUGGUCGUCCAUUUUCAAGAGGCCCGAUGCGUGGAUUCAUGGGUGGACGAGCUACUGGUCGACGAGGAUCUUAUGUACCACGAGGCUUUUACAGUAUGUACUGAUGUCGGGCCCCCGCGGUCCCCCGAGCUCGCCCGGCCAUCGGGGGUCGUGGCAAGUCUGUUAAGGAGCAGACUCCAAAGUCAGAUGAUUAAAUAGCUUUUUUUUGUAUUACGACAUGGACAGUCCAAAUUUUAGUAUUUGACCCAGUAAUGUGCUUUGUUGGUCAGAUUUCAAUUUGAAAAAGAGGAGGACAUAACAGCUUCAUCAUUUUACAAGAGAAGAGUCAUCAAUAGUUGCUGUUCUGUGGCCAUGUCUCAGUUUGUGAGUAUUUAUGCCAGCCUGGUGGUUACAGUUAUCUGGCAUAAUGCAGUGUCCUUCUUGCCGAGGUACACAGAUUUUUCAGUUUGGCAUUUACAUCAACAGUUCCAGUUUCUUCUAUAGUGUCUUUCUCGCUGCAUUCGGAUAGAUACAAGAGGCACAAGGUAAUAAUUAAAAUGACGUUUCAGUAUGCAUGUGUGUGUGUGUGUGAAUGCAUGCAUUUAUAUAGAAAGUCUUGGUCUGAAUGAGGGCUGAAGUGUGGCACCUUGCUCUGCUUACAGGAUUUAAGCGGAGCUCACCACAUUGGGAGCACGAUCUGUUUGACAACGCCGAAAAUGGCAACGGCAAGAACAGCUCAAGAAAAUGACAUUAGAAAGCUUUGCCACCUGCCGCGAGUUGAACGUCAUGGGCAUAAAAUAAUGGUGUCAUUGCAUGUGAUACCUAAAUUAGUGAAUCUGUAUGGAGGCUGUGUGCCUACUUGUCAUCUGGUGCAGUUAACGUAUCCCUUAAGGAGCUUUGUAUGUUUUAUGGUAAUUGUGAACAUCUGAAACAUAGAAUAGUUUGGCGAUUGUCAGACAUAUGGUGCUCCUGUAAGCAGUGUAUGACGUUUAAUUGUAUAUUUAAAAAGAAAAUGUUAUUUGAAAGUUGUUCCACCCCCUUCAUAGACUGCUUGUGUGUUUGUGCUUUCGAGUGGCAGAAAAAGAUGGUUUUGAGGUAUGGAUGUUGCUGUGACCAUGUUUCAUAUAUUGAUGUAUUCCUAUGCAAACAAAAUACAUGUAUUUUUCUGUCUAAAACCAAGUUAGUACUUUAUUUGUAUAUACGUGUGUGUGUGUGUGUGUGUGUGUGUGUGUGUGUGUGUGUAAAGGGGGGGGGGCAGAGAGAGAGAGAGAGAGAGAGAGAGAGAGAGAGAGAGUUAAAUGUUCUGCUAUUAUCUUACCGUACAAUUUUUAUUUGAUGUAAAGUAGAAUUUUCCUUUAAUAAGAAGGAAAUAUUUCUGUUCAAAUAUUAUCUGUGCUAAAUGUGAAAUAUUUUCUGUGGAAAUCAGAAAAAGGUGUUUAUAUAAUACAUGUAUUUUACUGUUUACUGUGCUUAAUAGUUUGGUGUUGUAGUGCAGUAAUUGUAUCUGUAAUGAUCCUUUCAUUUCCAUAUGAUUAUCCAACUGCUGGAAAAUAUGUAUAUAUAAUAAUCACUUGUAUUAUGUUCCUGUUAUUCUCACAUUUCAGUGACUCUUAUAAAUUUAUUUUAGGCAGUUACUUCUGCAUUCUGGUAUUGUUUUUAGUGUUCAGUAUUCCAUUGCAGGAAUAUAAUUUCUUUUUUGUUGUUAAGAACUAAUUUUGUAUAAAUACCAUUGUCAAUUCAUAUGUAAGAGAGUCACUUAAAUAAUAAAGAACUUCUGUUUGUAAUUCGA